UUUCUGUGAUCGGAAGUUAUAUGUCUCGUCGUGAUUGUGAAAAGGUUCUGGAGCAUUUGCUGUUUUCAGAGGAGCAAUGAGCUGCCAAUACAGUUUUUUAUUUUUAUUCCUCUGUGGCUUUGCUGCGCUCUAUGUUUCAGAGAUAUGUGGAAGAGAGAUACUAGAGGGAACGUCCUGCACCAUCAAGCUGAAAACAACAAACAAUGACAGACCUAAUGAGAUCAAAUGGAUCCAUCGCACUAGCGGUGACGUAAUUCACAGGAAAAAUGAGAAGAUCAGGACAAACACUCUAGAUGGAAAUAUGGAAGAAGAUGGAUCAUUAACAUUUCACAAUGUUAGUCUGAAUAACACCGGCAAAUAUAAAUACAUUUUUUAUGCUGGUGAUGGUACAGAGACCAGUGGAGAAGAGGAAAUUAAAGUUUAUGCAAAGGCUCCUAAACCUACUCUGACAAUGACCAUCAACUGCAGAGAUGGUGACGCUACACUCACCUGUGACAUUAGAGACCGUACAGAUCUGACUGUCUCCUGGUAUAAAGAAGACAAUAUCAUCCAGACUGAAAACAACCCAAAACUGCUCUUGACAUCUGCUCAAAUACAGGAGAAUAAACCGCACUCAUGCAGUGUAAGCAAUCCUGUCAGCAGUGAGCAAAGUGACAGCGUUACAGUAUCAUGUACUACAGGUGAAGGUGACCCAGGUCCUCAUAGACUCUUUGGCCCUGAUUUCUGGAUCAUGGUGAGCAUUUUAGUAGGUGGAGGAGCCCUUCUGCUGCUGCUGAUAUGUGUUCUUAUCAUCUGUGCAUGUCGAAGCUGUAGCCAACUCAAAAAAGCACAAACAAGAUGAAGAAGAGUUCAGGCUGAGGAUUAUUCCAGCUCUAGUUCCUACCGAAACAGAUCCAAACACUACAGGAAACUGAGGCUUUGCAUGCAGUAAUUACAAUAAUUGACCUGUUUUUGAGAAAAUACCUCAUAGGUUCAUUC